UAUUAUUAGACAUCGCGCACUCAGUCAAUGCUCACCGUUCGUUCACCGCGCAGACAAUAACAAACCCCGGUUCACCUCAACUGUGCCUCCCUCAACACUACACUAAUUAAUACACCUGCCCCAUUGUCACCUGCUACACUUAUUUAACACUGAAUUAAUCUACUUGCUAAUUUAUUCGUGUGUGUGUGUGUGUGUGUGUGUGUGUGUGUGUGUGUGUGUGUGUGCUGCAGCCGUCCAGUUUUAUGUAAGCCAUGAGGAAGUGACAGGAUGUGGCUUAACCCAUGGGUAAGGCUGCAGGGAGGGUGCCGAGCCUUCCUGCGCCCCCACCACUUUCCACAGUGCCCUAGCCUCACCGUGUACACCCCCUCACCCAUGCCACCCACUAAUCCAUCCCCGCAGCUCCUCAGAACAGCACACACCAUGAAUGUUUGUAGUGUAUCACCUGUAUUAAGUGCUGGGAGGAGGCUGGGAGGGAUGAGGGGCUGGGUGUGGCAGGGGUGUGGCUGUGGUGAUUUUGUGGGGAGAGGGAUCAGUACCACAGCUACCCAUCACAUGUUCUGGGAGAGAGAGCCGAAAGGAGGAUACGGCAAGGAGAUCAAAAAAAGUCGUAAGGAGCUGAUCCGUGAUGGCCUGAAGGAGCUGAGGGAGGAGAUGUCCAAGUGGAGGGAGGAGGUGGAUGAGAAGUUUACCAUGGAUCCUAUUUUUGUCAGGCCAGGAGACAUGGAUAAGGUGUGGGUGCUGAACAGUAAGGAGGCGCUGGACCAGUGGGUGGUGACCUGUGACAGCGACCACAACGAGGGACGCAGCACAGCAGAUCUCACACUCUCUCCUGGCUGUCAUGGUCUCUUCUCUGGCCAGCUGUGUGUUGAUCCCCCCAAGGACGGCAGGGUGAAGAGAGCUGGCUACUGCAACAUGAAGUCCAUCAGGCCCAGGAAAUCAUUCAAGAGAGAGUACCUGGACUGGGCAGACUACAAUACUUUAGAGAUCCGGCUGCGAGGGGACGGCCGCACCUACAUGCUCAACCUCAGCUGUGCCGGCUACUUCGAUGUCAUGUGGAACGAUAUGUACUCCUACCCCCUGUACACCCGCGGCGGCCCACACUGGCAGCUGACCCGGAUCCCCUUCUCCAAGUUCUUUCUGAGCAGCAAGGGGAGGAUACAGGACAAACAGGCCCCCAUACCUCUGGGUAAAGUGGUGUCUCUUGGCAUUUCCUCUGGCGACCGUUCCAAUGCACCUUUCCGCCUUGAGAUCGACUACAUCGGUGUGUACAAUGAUCCGGGCCACGUUGAGGAGUUUGCCUAUGAGAUGUACCAGCAGGAGAGGUUCAUGAUUACACCGUGAGGGGCUGAGGUGCUAGGUGGGUGUGCUGGCCCCUUGGUGUUUGUAUAUAAGUGUAACUUGUUGAGAUUCUUGUUUUUGUAUGUGCUGUUUUGCCUCUUGUGGUGCAGUGCCAUGGUAAGGUGUGAUUAUGUUAAAGUUUUCUUUCUCUCUCUCUCUCAGGAAUGGAAUGUGGUUUACCUCUAUCAGUCCAAUUAGUUCUCACUUCUGCAAUGUAAAUAAAAAAAGAAGCAAAGUUGGAUGAAAAUGAACAUAAAUAAGAAAUAAUAGUAAUGGUAAUACAGCCGGUGAAUCAUAAAUGGGUUGAGGUUAAUGCCCACAUCACUAAUAAAUAAUAAUAGAUCUCACACCAAAAUUUCCAUCUACACAGUUAAGAGAUGAAUAAUUGUAUCACAUGAGGGAAAUAUACAGCAGUGCUUUCAACCUUUUAACAACGUCAUACACACUCUUUUGGUUUUGAAAGGGGAGUGUGUUGCGGCAAGCCACUGUGAUGCUUAAGAGAGACUAUUAUGUAUUUUUAUUUUAUCUAUUUAUCAGUUUUUAUGUAGAGAGUGGUUGGCUGCGGGCAACAAAGGUCAUAAAAAGAAAGGCUCACUAAAGGUGCCAAUCCCUAUGCUGUCAAAAUUAAAGUUAUCAAAAAAAUAGCAAGGUAGAGGUAAGACACAGGUGAGGUGACAUUUGUACAGAGCCUACUAUGAAAUACACUGCAGCUAUUUGCA